AUGGAUCACUCUUCAGGAAAAGAAAAUGAGCGCAAGAAGUUGAUGAGUUCAGAAAAAGAAUUCGAUUUUUUAUCUCUUUCCCUACCCUUCAAUCGACCCCAACCCCAACCAAUACUCGCUCCGUGCGCAUCAACUUUGACAUCCAUCGAUCUCAACUCCGAACCAAAAGAUGACUUAGACACCGUUACCGUUCCAUCUCGUUCUCGUCCCAAUCGCCGUCCUCCGUCUCAAGGGCCAGGCGAAGGAAAAAGCAUGACCGUCCCUCCACCUUUCCCUUGGGCGACAAACCACCGAGCCACCGUGUACGACCGCACCCACCUCUUGAAAAACAAUAUUCGUACCAUCACGGGAACGGUGCAGUGCAAGAGGUGCGAUAAGAAGUUCGAGAUGGGGUUUGAUUUGGAGGAGAAAUUCACUGCACUGGGCAUCUUCAUUCAGAAGAACAAAGCCACCAUGCACGAUAGGGCACCCAAGGUCUGGGUUGAUCCCGUCUUACCCAUGUGUCAGCAUUGCGGGCAAGAAAAUUGCGUAAAGCCCGUCCUUGGAAACACCAAGAAGAAGGCCAUUAAUUGGCUCUUCUUGCUGCUGGGUCAAAUGCUCGGUUGCUGCACUCUAAAUCAGUUGAAAUAUUUCUGCAAGCACACCAAAAACCAUCGAACUGGUGCCAAAGAUCGUGUUCUUUAUUCUACCUAUAUGGGUCUCUUCAAGCAGCUUGCUCCUGAAUGGUCUCUUUCAUGA